CGAGCGUUGACGUCUCGAGUCUUUCACUUUAACAGUUAUAAAUGAAUGAGAUAAACAAAGGGAGAGAGACAGAGACUGAAAAUCAGGUUCUCCUCCAUUGAGUUGCAAUCGAAUCUUGUAGAUGGCGAGUGUGAGAGAGGAACCGGCGAAGGUGCUUCGUCGAAUCAUGGAGUCGCCGGGGGUUCACCAAGGCCCCGCUUGCUUCGACGCUCUCAGCGCCAAACUCAUUCAAUCGGCUGGCUUUUCCUACUGCAUCACCAGCGGCUUCUCCAUUUCAGCUUCCAAGCUGGCUCUCCCAGACACCGGCUUCAUCUCUUACGGCGAAAUCCUCGAUCAUGGCCGUGUCAUCACUCAGGCCGUCUCCAUCCCCGUCAUUGGCGACGCCGACAACGGUUACGGCAAUGCCAUGAACGUCAAGCGAACCGUCAAGGGUUUCAUCGCUGCUGGCUUCGCUGGAAUCAUUCUCGAAGAUCAGGUGGCGCCGAAAGCGUGUGGACACACGCGCGGGAGGAAAGUGGUGUCCCGAGAAGAGGCGGUUACGAAGAUACGGGCGGCGGUAGACGCGAGAACAGAGAGUGGCUCCGACAUUGUGAUUGUGGCGCGUACGGAUGCUCGGCAUGCUGUGUCGUUGGAGGAAGCGUUGGUGAGGUGCAAGGCGUUUGCAGAUGCAGGCGCUGAUGUUCUCUUCAUAGAUGCCCUCCUUUCAGUGGAAGAGAUGAAAGCCCUUUGUCAAGUUUCUCCACAUGUUCCUAAAUUGGCCAAUAUGCUGGAAGGAGGAGGCAAAACGCCAAUACUUAAUCCUCAGCAACUUGAAGAUGUUGGUUAUAAACUUGCUGUUUAUCCACUUUCCUUGAUUGGGGUUUGCAUCAAAGCUAUGCGGGAUGCACUCACUGCCAUUAAAGGGGGCGGAGUUCCUCCUCCGAAUAUCAUGCCAUCUUUUGAGCAAAUUAAGGAUAUUGUAGGCUUCAACGAUUAUUAUGAAGAAGAGGCGCACUAUGCUAUAAACACCAAUCAGCAGCUUUAAAAGAGAGGUUGGAGUGACAAACUCAUACAAGUUACACCCUUUUACAAAGGGCAUUCUAGUGUUGUCAUAUGGUUUUCAGAGUCUUGUGCGAUUAGUCUAUGCUUUUAUUCACCAUGUUUCUGGGUUAUGUUCAGCCCCGAAUAUUCUAUCUGCUCACUGUUUUAUCAAAAUAAAAGCCAUCUGAUUCUAGGGAAAAAUCAAAGACAGAAGUAAGUAUCUCAUGCUGAUUUAUAUUCAUAUUGUAAAUGCAUAUUUUGCUUUCCGUUCAUGCAG